AUGCCUGUUUGCAUCCUUCAAUCUUUCCAGACAUGUGGGUACGGGGUAUCUCCAUUUGAGUAUGCACUUGGGGAAUCUGGAGGAAGCCUACAGUUGGCCAUUGUAAAUGCACAGAUAAAGUGGCCAGCUGGGCCUAGUCCUCCAUAUCCAGAUGCUCUUCAUCAGUUUGUGACAUGGAUGCUCCAGCCGCAAGCCACAGUUCGGCCUUGUAUAGACGAUAUCAUCAUUCAUGUUGACAAGUUGAUCUCCAAGUACUCCAAGUGAAGAAGUUGGAAGGAAAAAAGCGUUGGAUUAGUUCACAGGUGUACCAUCCACAUCACCAUAUUUUCAGCAUGUUGGUUAUCAAAGUCUUUACUGUACAUUAGACAUUUUAGUGUGAAAAUGUGAUCAGUGAAGCUAUAAUCAGUGUCUUGCUUUUUGUUACUCAUGUUGGGAGUAGUUUUGGUGAUUGUCCGUUGGUUUAAUGCUGAUGUAUUAUCUGAACACAGCUAUUUAUUGCCCUUUG